UAAACACAUUCUUGUCGAUAUCAAGAGCCACCUGCCUAUAAAUAGCAUCUUCGCUUCAACCCAGCCGACAUUAUUUUGUUCGUUGCUCUCUUUACCCAAUUCUGGAAAUGGCGGCCAAUACUGCUUCUGCGAUCUCUAUGCGCCCUAGCCUGGCAACAAGCAGGGUAUCUGGUGUGAAGUUGGCUUCACUUUCUAGUCAAGGAAGAAGCUGCCUUUCUUUUAGGUUGCGUCCACUGCCUUCUCGCUUGCGGAUUUCCUGUGCUGCCAAACCAGAGACAGUGGAUAAAGUGUGCCAAAUAGUAAAGAAACAACUGGCACUACCUGAGGACUCUGUAGUUGGUGGUGACUCAAAAUUUGCCGAGCUUGGAGCUGAUUCUCUUGAUACGGUUGAGAUUGUGAUGGGACUGGAGGAGGAAUUUGGUAUCAGUGUGGAGGAGGAUAGCGCACAAGCCAUCGCCACAGUUCAGGAUGCUGCAGAUCUUAUUGAGAAGCUCAUUGAGAAUAAGAGAGCUUAGAAUAAAUUAUGAGUUGAAAUCUUGUUUUCUGUACUGGUGUCACUUGUGAAGCUUUUAUAGAUGAAGUGUUUCGCAAUUUUCAUUUUUACUUUGUGUUCUUUGUUAGUUAAACCUAAAUUCAGGGCUUCAGUUGGGAUUUUACUUUAAUUAUGUAGCUGUGAUUUGAGAGUUGAAACCUGCCUUCUGCAUAUAUUCACAUGCCGACCAGCCAGGAUCAUGUUCUGCAGA